AUGACAAAUUUACAUCAGCAAGAAGAAGAACGACAGCUGGAACAACAACAUCAACAGAAUCAACAACGACGUUAUCUGCGAGGUCUACGACACCAACAACGACGACAACGACAACGACAACCAUCAUCUAUGGCAACCAUACGAGUUAGUCGUCGUCGGAGACGAAGAUCUGAUGAACUGGAUUCACAACAACCACCGCAUGUACAUCGAAGAUUAGAAUUUUCAUCACCACCACCACCACUACAGUCAUCGUCAAAUUUAGCAUCUCCACAACCUGGAACGUCAGCAGGACAUCCGGGGCUUAAUUUACUACGGUUUAGGGUAUACAAUGAUGACGAUGAUGAUGAUGAUGAUCAUCAUCAUCAUCAUCAUCAUCCUAAUCAUAAUCAGUCUAAUGGGUAUAUGGCGGAUAAUGAAGAUGGCUAUGCAACGGAUAAUGAAAAUAACUUUAAUUGGUAUGAAGUAGAUGAUCAACUCACGACAAGUUUUGUACUCUCUGACCCGGAACAACUUAAAUUUUUAACGAGCAAGGGAAUAUUUCCCUAUAAAUACGUAGACAGUUUAGAAAAAUUAGACGAGACUGAACUACCAGAGAGUCAAGCUUUUUACUCUCGACUGAGUGAUAAACACAUUAGUGACGAAGACUACUCGUUUGCUCAAACAGUUUGGAAUAAAUUCAACAUACAGACUCUCGGUGAAUACUCUGAUCUCUAUCUGAAAACAGAUGUCUUACUAUUGGAAGAUAUCUUUGAAAAUUUCCGUGCAAGUUGUUACAAAACUUAUGAGUUAGACGCUCUACAUUAUUAUACUGCUCCAGGACUUGCUUUUUCCGCCAUGCUCAAACAUACAGGGGUACAACUUGAGUUAUUACUAGACCCCGAAAAAAUACUGUUUUUUGAGAAAGGUCUCCGUGGUGGAGUAUCUCAAUGCGCCAAUCGAUACUCCAAGGCUAACAACCGUUACAUGGGUGAAGACUUCAAUCCUGAAGAAGAUGAGUCCUACAUCAUGUAUCUGGACGUAAACAACCUCUACGGAGCUGCAAUGAGCAUGUCUCUUCCUCAAGGCUCCUUCGAGUGGGAGGAGAAGAUCACCGAGGAGAAUAUUUCAUCAAUAUUCAACUCUGAUGAAUCCAUCGGAUAUGUACUUGAGGUUGACUUGGAGUAUCCUGAAGAUCUACAUGAACUCCACAAAGACAUGCCAUUGUGUCCAGAACACUUCACUCCACCAGGCAGCCAGACUCGUAAGCUAGCUACAACAUUGCAUCCAAAAAUGAAUUAUGUUAUUCAUUACAAGAACUUGGAACAGUGCUUGCAACUCGGGAUGAAACUUGUAAAAGUUCACCGAGUAUUAAAGUUUGCGCAGUCACCAUGGCUCAAACCUUACGUCGACAAGAAUACCGAGUGUCGUAAAAAUGCUGCCAAUGAGUUUGAAAAGAACUUUUUCAAGCUCAUGAACAACGCAGUGUUUGGUAAGACCAUGGAGAAUGUGCGUAAACACAAGGAUAUCAAUCUAGUGAACAAGUGGCUUGGUCGAUAUGGCGCAAAAAGUUUGAUUUCAAAAUCAAACUUUAACAGCUUCACGAUUUUUGGGGAAAAUCUAGUAAUAGUUGAGAUGAAUAAAUUGAACGUUUACUUCAAUAAACCGGUUUAUGUCGGUUUCAGUAUCCUUGAUUUGUCCAAGAUCUUUGUAUAUGAUUUUCAUUAUAAAUAUGUUAAGCAGAAUUUUGACAAUGACGCUGCUAAACUACUCUAUGCCGACACGGACAGUUUCAUCUAUCACUUCAAAGUGUCUGAUAUUUUUCAAGUUAUCAAACGUGAUAUACACAAGUUUGAUACUUCUGACUAUCCAAUCAACAACGAGUAUGGCAUACCUCAAAAGAAUAAGAAGGUUCGUGGGCUCAUGAAGGACGAAAACAAUGGCAAAAUUGUGUCAGAGUUUAUUGGCCUCAGAGCAAAGCUGUAUGCAAUUAAGCUACACGAGAAAAGUGAGGUGAAAAAGAGAGCCAAGGAAGUCAAGGGAUCAACACUGCGAACCAUCACGUUUGAUGACUUUAAGAAUUGCUUAUUAGAUCAUGUAAAUAUUUGUAAAGAGCAAUUCUUGAUAAGAAGUAAUAGACACGUUGUCAAAACUAUCAAACAAAAUAAGCUUUCACUGAGCUGGGAUGAUGAAAAACGUCAGCUGCUGGGAGACCCUACAGAUACUCUUCCAUGGGGCUACCAGAAAGCAGAUGUAGAGCCACCAGCUAAAAGGAGAAAAUGUAAAUAA